GCGCUUUGGAACAAGAUGAACAUGCAGCUGCAUCCCUACCUGCUGAAGACUGUCUGGAUGGACAAGCCCAAGUACGACGAGGCAGAGAGGCUUUACCACGAGGAAUGCGCCACGUCUGCUACCCUGGAGAGGGGAGAGAAAACUAGUGUCGAGAAGCGGGAGGAGAGCUUCACCACAGGCAGUGGUGGGGAGGUCCAGGCAUCUUCCCCAGAAAGCCUCAACGGAGAGCCGACCAAGAAGAAGCAAAGAAGACGCAAACGAUCGCCCAAAACCAAGAGCCAGCAAGCCAGGCUAGGCCAGACGUUGGCUGGAAUGAUGUCUGAAACCGUCUGGUUUGAGAAAUCCCGUUUUGAGGAAGCAGAGUAUGCUUAUCAGAAGCAGCUGGCAGAUUAUCGUUCCCACUGUACUCUUCCAAAGGCCCCGGAGCCUAAGUUCCAGGCAAACUCUAAUAUGGCACUGUGUGAAAACGGGAAUGUGGGCACCUGCCACCAUGUGGUGGACUGCGUCCGGCUCAACAAGCCUGCCUUUGACGCAGAGCGCAGUUUCGCGGAGAGAUUGCUUCCUUGCUCCACACCGACCACUCUGGCUGUUGUGCCCCUCACAGCUAGUCCAACACCUGCUGCCAUGCAAACCACGGAUGACGAGGGUUACCUGACCGCUACCCCAACGCCUGCUACCCCAGUCCUUUCCCUCCUGGAUCACUCAAAUCAUACCGCUCAGGUUUUACCCACUUCCUCCACCCAGUCCAUCAAUGGGAUGACCCAGGUCCCCAGCUGCCUACGACAGCUGGUCUCUGGGGUGUGGCUUGAGAAGCCAAUCUACGAUCAGGCUGAGAAGAGUUACUAUGAGCGCCUCUGCGAUGGCUUUCCCCCCGCAGCCUCAAUGCAGAAGGGGAGGAAGAACAGGAGGAACAAGAAGGCCAGCAAGGAUGCCAGAGCAUGCAACCAUACAUCGGGGUCUGAGAGUAAUAACAGGUUGGGCUUCUCUGCGACGGUGGCUGACAGUAAUGGCAGCGUUUCACAAGGGACUGUGGAGGAGGAGGAUGACGGACGGCUCGAUCUAAAGGCUAAAGAAGCAGAGAGUAAUGUGAUAUCUGUGCUUCUCUCUGUCCAAGGCCACCUUUCCAAGGCAUCCAUUCGGUUCUUCUUGCAUCAGGACAGCGAACGUGUGUGGCUCAGCAAGCCCCUGUUUGAUGCAGCGGAGAAGAGGUACUACGAAGCAAUCUCUGAUCAAGCUAGCAGGACCAGUGCUAGACCGACUGUGGAGGCCUCAAUGCCAGGGCUGGCUGCUUCAGCACCCAGGCAGCAAGCAAACACCAUGAGCGCAGAACACCUGGCCCAGGAGAACAUCUGGUUCGACAAGUACCGAUACGACGAUGCCGAGAGACGGUACUAUGAGCAGAUGAACGGACCCGUCUCCUCCACCCCUGCGGGCCGCACACAGACUGCACAGGAGAACGGAGCAAAUACAAUCCUGCAAGACAUUGCCAGAGCCAGGGAGAAUAUCCAGAAAUCGCUAGCCGGACUGAAGACCACCUUACACCCCACUGGAACCCCCUCUGUCUCUGCAAAGCGCCCCCGCCACUCUGCUCUGUCUAGCGCUGGGUGUACCGCUGGAGAACAGAGCGAGCUGGUGUCCCGCAUCAACAGCCUGGAACUGGAGAACCGCAGUCUGUACAGCGUGGUGGAAGACCUGAGACUGGCCAUCUCAAAGCUGGAAACUCGCGUGUCACAGCUGGAGAAAUCCCCAGCAGGGGGCAGACCGACCCUUGCAGCAGCAGCAGCAGCACCACCCUGCACCAAGGUGGAGGUGAAAAAGGAGGAAGAUGAUGAUGAUGAUGAUGAUGAUAUCGACCUGUUUGGCAGCGACGAUGAAGAGGAGGAUGCUGAGGCAGCUCGCAUCAGGGAGGAGAGACUGCAGCAGUACGCAGCCAAGAAGUCAAAGAAACCUGUUCUCAUCGCCAAGUCCUCCAUCCUGCUAGACGUCAAGCCGUGGGAUGACGAGACUGACAUGGUGAAGAUGGAGGAGUGUGUGCGCUCGGUGCAGGCAGACGGUCUCUUGUGGGGCUCCUCUAAGCUGGUCCCAGUAGGGUACGGCAUCAAGAAGCUACAGAUCCAGUGCGUGGUGGAGGACGAUAAGGUCGGCACAGACAUGCUGGAAGAGGAGAUCACCAAGUUCGAGGACCUUGUGCAGAGCGUCGAUGUUGCUGCUUUUAACAAGAUCUAAAAAGCCAUAUUUGAUUGCCUGGGAAACUGUCACUAAUAAACGGUUCAGUAUUUGAGCACAAGA